CGUGAAUUCACGACGGUGAAAAUGAACUCGACGUGGUUAAAUACAGAUCGUUUUCGUUCCACGGCUCGUGAAAUUCACGAUCGAUCUCCCUCCAGAGAUUUGCGAUUAAUUUCCAUCGUGUUCGAUCGUUCGCAGUGAAACGGGGAAAGUAAACAGCCGCGAUACCUCGUGAAAUCGACAGAUUUAAUUAAUACAUGUAAAUCAUCGGCGGAGUCUGAACAUUUAAUUGAAAGAAAUUUUUGAAAACAUGUCUUAUCGUAAAUUCUUAGUUUCCCAUUAUUUUAUUUGAUAUCGUCUAAAGUGACAUCACACCAUGUUGUUCCUGGCCGUGACAGCGUGUCUGGUGAUCGCGGCUCAGGCCGGAUGUCCUAUGAGACCGACCGCGGAACAAACUUCCGCUCCGAGAACCUCGGGUGACGGUGGUUACAGGAUUCUCGUUAGCGGAAAGCUUGACAAAUAUAUCCCGAAUGCUAUAUAUACGAUCAGUUUACAAGGUUCUCGAACGCACGAGAGAUUGCAACAAUUCACCCGGUUCACCCUUUCGGUGCAUUCUCAACACGCGCCCAAUAAUCUCGCAGCUCGUGUUGGGUAUUUUCAAUUAUUCCCCGAUUCUCUGACAACGUUCAACGAAGACUGUGUGAACACAAUCUCAGAAGCUUCCGAUUUCCCGAAAACAGAAAUCCAAGUGAUGUGGAAGGCACCACCGCCGGGAUCUGGGUGCGUUAUCUUUACGGCCAUGAUUCUGGAGAAUAACGUGCGAUGGUACGCCGAGGAUGGAACUUUGACCAGGACCUUCUGCGAAACGGGUGAUGCGGAGGUUGUCGAGACCCUUGAUGUCGACAAAUGUUGUGCCUGCGAUGAGGCGAAAUACUCGCUGAUAAUGGAGGGAAUUUGGUCGAACGUGACCCAUCCGAAGGACUUCCCGUUCUCCGCCUGGUUGACCCACUUCAGCGACGUGAUCGGUGCGUCCCACGUGCCCAGUUUCUCUUUCUGGGGUAAAGAUCACAUUGCUACCGAUGGUUUUCGCCAACUGGCAGAAUGGGGCUCUGCAUCCGGAGUCGAAGCUGAGCUCAGAGCUAAUUCGAAUCAGUUGAGGACUCUCGUCAAGGCUGCUGGUCUCUGGUAUCCUAACGUAAACAGCAAUACGAGCACCAGUUUCAGAGUUGACAAAAGACACCCGAUGGUAUCCGUUGCUUCCAUGCUGGGUCCCUCACCAGAUUGGGUAGUCGGCGUGAGCAAACUGAACCUUUGUAGAAAGGACUGCACCUGGACAAAGAGCGAGAUAAUCGACUUGUACCCGUGGGACGCCGGCACGGACAAUGGAAUCUCCUACAUGUCACCGAAUUCCGAAACUAAACCAAGGGAAAAGAUGAAACCAAUCACGACUCUGUACCCGGAAGAUCCUAGAUCACCGUUUUACGAUCCAACUGGAAGACCCAUGUUACCUUUGGCCAGGUUGUACUUGAAUAGGGAGAAGAUCAUCUCGAAGAGUUGCGACGAGGAGACUCUGCAACAGCAACUCACUCAGCUCGAGGUUGCUGAAAACACCGAGGACACUGUCAGACCCGAAUGUCAAACGACGGAUUACACAGCCUGGUCGAGCUGUUCGGUGAGCUGUGGCAAAGGUCUAAGGAUGCGCACCAGGUCCUACCUGAUGCCAGAGAAAGCAGCCAUGUUAAAGUGCAACAGACAAUUAGUUUCAAAGGAGAUGUGUGUGGCAUCCGUCCCAGAAUGCCCAGGAGAAGAAGAACCGGAUGACAGCGGCUUGAUCCCCCUUAACGAUCCUAUUUGUAGGACCACGGAAUGGAGCGAGUGGUCCGAAUGCUCGUCAUCUUGCGGGAUAGGUGUUAAGAUGAGAACGAGGAGGUUCAACGAUCCUAUGGGUCGUAAAAAGUGCCCUUACGUGUCCGUCGUUGAGAAAGAAAAAUGCAUGGAACCACCUUGCCCACCUGGCUUCGAGGAACAGAUCGAUCCUACGUGCAAGGUGACAGAUUGGUCCGAUUGGUCGCCGUGCAGUGCAUCCUGUGGAAAAGGAGUGAAAUUAAGGACCAGAUUACUGAUGGUCGAUCCAUCCCAGCAACAAAUGUGUUCCUCAAAAAUGGAGCUUCUUCAACAACGACCUUGUCUUGUGCAAGCUGACUGUACCUUCGACAUGGCAACUGCGAAAGUGGUUUGCAUGGAGGAAGCAGAUCCUGGACCUUGCAGAGGAUACUUCCAACGAUGGGCUUUCGUUCCUCAGAAGCUGAUGUGCGUACCUUUCGGCUAUGGUGGCUGUCGCGGUAACAGGAAUAAUUUCUUGACUGCCGAUGAAUGUAACAAUACCUGUGGCAUCGUUCGAGCAAUCCUCACUGGACAAUCCGUGAACGCUUCGGCUCCUCAGCAAGCACCAUUAUCGGAAUCCUUCGCACCUGUCGAUUGUAUUGUGAGCAGUUGGUCACCUUGGAGCCCCUGCAGCGUUACUUGCGGUGCAGGCCGAGUUGCUAGUUAUCGUACCAUCAAGCAAGAUGCUGAAAACGGAGGACGUCCUUGUCCGAAGAAGCUUCAGCGACGCUCCAGGUGUCAGCUUGCACCCUGCGAAUAAAUUAAUUCCUGAAACAGUCGGUAAAAGAUGAAAAAUUGUACUUGAAAUCAAGAAAGGAUCAGAUAACGGUGCGAUCCAAAAUGAUGCUUUAUUACUUUUGUAAAAUAAGAUUUUUCAGAGAAUUCUUCAAUCUUGAACGUGACGAAUUAUAAUGACGGGCAGGAAAUAAACUGAUGUAUCAGAAUAAAUGGUAUUUUAUUGAU